GUUUAUUCGUUUCAGUCUGUGUUCGUGUAAACUCACUUUGAGCCCGACUGCAUUAUUUUACGGUUAAACUUAUUUAUCGAAAACAAGCGGCAGAUUAAUAAGAAAAGAAAGUAAAAAUAACAUAAGUAAAUAAAAACAAUACUCGACCAUGAAUAUUGUGGCGAAAAAACAGCAACGAGGCAAAAGCUUGAAACUCAGCUUUUCUAUAAUUUAUAAAUAUGCAACGUCUGUUGAAAAGUUAAGCGAGGUCUUUAAUAUCGAUGACUUAGCUGAGGUACGAUUUAAAUUCGUAUCCUCUACUGAUACCCUGAGUACAUUUUUGUCCAUAAAAAAACAUGCUUCAGCAAAGGACACCACUGUCAAAGUAGAUGUUAAAAGUGAGGACCUUGGCUACACCCAACAAUGGGUGUGCAGCGAACAUUGGGUUGAUUGGCAAGAUAUGGGUGUAAAGCCAACUAUGACUCAGGUUGAUAAUUACUUGGUCGCAUUUCGAAUCAAUAUUACUCUGAUUGAAGAGAAAUGUUUCAACGCUCCGAAUAUUUAUGAAGAUGAUGACUUUACUGACUUUCAUCUGAGCACAGCCGAAGGCCGUGUGGCUGUGCACCGAGUUCACCUGGCAACUCACAGCGAAGUGUUCAAGACGAUGCUCGGCCAUGAGUGGAAGGAGACCACUGAAGGCAAUAUACAGGUAGAGGGAGUAACGCUGCAGACCCUUAAGUAUCUGAAGCAGUAUAUAUACUUGGGCACCCUACCUGAUGAUGGGCUGCGUCAACUGCUGCUGAUCGCUAGGUACUACCUGAUUGACAAUCUCAAGUCAGCAUGCAUUUCUAAGCUGGCCCGAACAGCAACGCCUGACAACCUGGAGGAACUGCUGGAGUUUGCUAUUGAUAACAAAAUAACUGAGUUGGCUUUAGCCAUUCUGCAGCUCACUCCUGAUGAUGUUGUAGAUGGAGCUUAUCAAAUGAAGAAAAAGGAGCCAGCAAGUGGGCAAAACGGUGGAAAUUAAUUAAAAUUCCACCCUGGCUAAACAGUUUUUUUAAAUCACGGCAUUUACUAUUUCUGUUCUUACUUUUUAUUCAUUCUUAUAUUUGUUAUGAUGAUAAUUUCAUAUACCUACUUAAGAUGAUUUUAUAAAUCAAUAUAAUCAUUAAUAUCAUAAUCUUACUAUUUUAUUAUCUGAUUAUUCCAUUGUAGUUAAUUACAUACCAUAAUUAAAUUAGCAUAAGUUCAGAGGUUAAGAUAGGCUUGUUAAUUUACAAAUAACUUCUCUAGUUGAUUUACUUGUUGAUUUCAUAUCAUAAUUAAAUUAGAAUAAGUUCAGAGGUUAAGAUAGACUUGUUAAUCCAUUGUGUAAUUCCGUAUAAAAGGAACCGUGCGGGGGUGAUCUAAAAUCCUUGUAUAAGUCAAGUGAGUACCAAUUAAUUGCCAUUAGGUCUUUUUAUACUUUUAUACGAAACGACACAAUUACAUGUAUGAUUUUUCUCUAACCUCAUUUAAAUUUAUAUGCGGCUUUCCAUUAAAGAAGGAUCUUUAUGCACAUAAUGGAGCAUAACGACUCUUUAGGCAUGGAAUGCCGCAAAUAGGUAAGUUAACCUUUAUCGUAUUUUAUUACCUAGCUUUAAUUAAUCUUACUUGACAUAGUUUAAAAAUUAUUUUUUAUAGAAAUAAAAACAAAUGUUU